CUUUAUAUAGUAUAUAUAGGGAGAGGGAGAGGGAGAGGGAGAGGGAGAGGAAGCAUUAUGGAGUUGAACAAUCUCCCGGAAGGUUGCAUAGCGAAUGUUCUGUCCUUGACUUGUCCUCGAGAUGUGUGCAGGCUCUCCGUCCUUUCCUCCACCUUCAGAUCCGCCGCUGAUUCCGACGCCGUAUGGGACACCUUCUUGCCUCACGAUUACCAAUCCCUGCUCUCUCAAUCUCAAUCUCAAUCUCAAUCUCAAUCUCUCUCUUCCAAGAAGCACCUUUACCUCUCUCUCUGCCAAAAACCGCUCCUCAUCCACGACGGUAAAAAGAGCUUUCAACUGGAUAAAGCAGAUGGAAAGAAAUGCUUCAUGCUAUCAGCCAGGACUCUCUUCAUUGUUUGGGGAGAUACUCCCAGGUAUUGGAGGUGGACUUCGCUUCCAGAUGCCAGGUUUUCUGAGGUGGCUGAGCUUGUGAGCGUGUGUUGGUUGGAAAUCCGGGGCUGGAUCAACACCACCAUGCUGUCUCCCAACACAUUGUAUGCUGCAUACCUUGUGUUUAAGCCUAACCCUGCAGGAACCUACGGCUUCGAUCACCAAUCAGUGCAAGUCUCCAUUGGAGUUGCUGGAGGUGACACUCGCAAGAGAACCGUUUUCUUGGACGCCGAAAGAGGACGCAGCCUAAGGUACCAGAUUGUUCCUCGCCGUGCUGGGAUAUUCAACCGUGCACGUUUUCUGCCCAGCGCUGUUGAGGCACCGCCCCCUGCACAAGAUACUAACAACAAUCUUGAUCUUGAGUACCCCAAGGAGAGAGGAGAUGGGUGGUUGGAGGUGGAAUUGGGAGAGUUCUUGAACCAAGGAGAUGAGGACAAGGAGGUCGAGAUGGGUGUUUAUGAGAUCAAGAGUGGUGAUUGGAAAGGUGGCCUUUUUGUUCAAGGAAUCGAUAUAAGGCCUAAACCUACACCCCUGAAUUGAAUCUGUUUCUGUUUUGCUUGUCCUACCACCAUGUUGUUCUUCAAUUUUUGAAGCUUCCAUGAGUACACCAAAUUGUUGCCAUGCUAAUGAAUAAUGUGUUUUGUUUGGAUCGGAUUCCAUGAUUUUCUUGUCGGUUUAUGUACACGGGAAGAUCCUGGAACACUGAUUGUCUCAUUAUUAUGUAAACAUGUUAUGUUUCAUUUUUUUUAAUAAUAUUUAAGUAGGGAGGAUUUGGACAAAA